AGUUGGCGACACUGAUCGUGCGACAGCAAGCAGCAUCAUAACCUUCAAGAUAAACCUUGAUGAAACGUUAAUCUGUUGAAAUGGUUGACGAGUCGACGAAGAAGACUUUGAGUAAUAUUCCGUUAUUGCAAACGAAAGCCGGCCCCAGAGACAAGGAUUUAUGGGUACAGAGAUUGAAAGAGGAAUAUCAGGCUCUGAUUAAGUAUGUCAAAAAUAAUAAAGAAGCAGAUAACGAUUGGUUCCGGCUGGAAUCAAACAAGGAAGGCACUAAGUGGUUUGGCAAGUGUUGGUACAUUCAGAAUUUCCUGAAGUAUGAAUUUGAAAUAGAAUUUGAUAUUCCCAUUACGUAUCCCACAACAGCACCUGAAAUUGCUUUACCAGAAUUGGAUGGUAAAACUGCAAAAAUGUAUAGAGGUGGUAAGAUCUGCCUGACUGAUCACUUCAAGCCAUUAUGGGCUCGCAACGUUCCCAAGUUCGGUAUUGCUCAUGCAAUGGCUCUAGGUUUGGGACCAUGGCUAGCAGUAGAGAUUCCAGAGCUUAUAGAAAAGGGCAUCGUAGUGCACAAGGACGAGGGAAAAAAAUCGUGAAGUGGCAACGUGC